AUGGAAACUUCAAUACCGACAGAAUACAAUCUUGACAAUGUAUAUAAAACAUUUAAUAAUGUAAUUGAUAAAUCAGAUAAUCAAUCAAUUCAUCUUUGUGAAUUUAUUAUUGCUUUUCGAGAAUUAUCAAAGUUUUUUGAUCAUCUCAAUGUUGUUUUUCAAUUUGUUGCCAAAGAUCUAGCUGAUAAAUUUAAUUUACUUGAUAAUCUUCAUAAAAAUAAUCUAACAAAUUAUCAUACUGUUCAAACAAUGAUUGAAUAUGAAAAAUCUCGGAAUGAUAACACUGGUACAAUAGCAUUAUUACGUUUAUUAAGAGCUUUAGAAUUUACUUAUUUAUUUUUAAAACGUGCAAUAGUUUCACCGACAGAAACAGCAGCACCAAAACAUGUUGCUUGGGAUGUAUAUAAACAAACAUUACAUAAACGACAUAAUAAAGCUCUUCAAGUUAGUAUAUGGUUGGCAACCGCAACUAUACCAAAACGUGAAACAUUAAAACAAACUUUAUUACAUGGUCAAAUCGAACCUCAUACAGAUGAAAAAUGUUUUCCAUUAAUUGAAGAUGUUUAUCGUCGUAUAUAUAAUUUAUAUGAAGAAAAUAAUCUUCUUGAAUUAGUUCUACUUUAA